AUGCUUUCAUUCCGCUCUUUCUUUCUUUCUUUCUUUCUUUUCUCCUUUCUUUUUUUUUAUAUUCCGUUUUUUCCUUCCUCCCUCUCCGCUUCUUUCUUUAUUUAUUUCUUUUCUCAUUCACUCUUUCCACUUCCUUCCCCUUUUCUCCUUUCUUUCUUUCAUGUCCUAUUUUCUCUUCCACUUCUUUCUUUCUUUCUUAUUUUCUUUCUUUCUUUCCUUCUUCUUUCUUUCUUUCUUUCUUUCUUUCUUUCUUUCUUUCCUUUCUUCUUUCUUUCCUUCUUUCUUUCUUUCUUUUUUUUUACCGUUCUGACUUACCAGCCUCUUUUGUCCUUUCUUUUUUAUAUUCCGUAUUUGCAUUCUUAUCUAUCCUCUUCUUUCUUUCUUUCUUUCUUUCUUUCUUUCUUUCUUUCUUUCUUUCUUUCUUUCUUUCUUUUUUAUUGUUCUUUCCACUUCUCUCUCUUUUUCCCCUUUCUUCAUUUCAUGUUCUGUUUUCUCUUCCCAUCUCUUUUUCUUUCUUUCUUUCUUUCUUUCUUUCUUUCUUUCUUUCUUUCUUUCUUUCUUUCUUUUCCCAUUCUCUCUUUCCACUUUCCCCCUUUUUUUCUCUUUUCUUUCUUUCAUGUCUCGUUUUCUCUCCAACUCCUUUCUUUCUUUCUUUCUUUCUUUCUUUCUUUCUUUUAUAUCGUUCUGUCUUCCCACCCUCUCCUUUUUUCUCCUUUCUUUUUUUAUAUUCCGUAUUUGCAUUCCUCCCUCUCCUCUUCCUUCUUUUUUUCUUUUUCUGUCUUUCCACUUCUCUCCCCUUUUUCUCCUUUCUUUAUUUCAUGCCACUGUUCUUUCUUUCUUUCUUUCUUUUUUUCUUUCUUAUGGAAAUACUCUUUCUUUCUUUCUUUCUUUCUUUCUCCUUUUUUUCUUUCUUUCUUUACUGUUCUGACUUUCCACCAUCUCAUUUCCUUUUUUUAUAUUCCGUGUUUUCAUUCCUCUCUCUCUUCUUUCUUUCUUUCUUUCUUUCUUUCUUGUUCUGACUUUCCACCCUCUCUUCUUUUCUUCUUUCUUUUUUAUAUUCCUUGUUUUCAUUGCUCUCUUCUUUCUUUCUUUCUUUCUUCCUUUCUUUCUUUCUUUCUUUCUUUCUUUCUUUCUUUCUUUACCUUUCUGUAUUUCCACGCUCUCCUCUUUUCUCUUUUCUUUUGUUUAUUUUCCGUCUUUUCUUUCCUCUCUCCCCUCUUCUUUCUUUCUUUCUUUCUUUCUUUCUUUCUUUCUUCAUCGUUUCAAACGGAAUCAUAG